AGGGGUGACAGAUCAUAAGAACGAAGCUCCCGCGAUCCGGACGGUAUUUUAACUGGAGCAACGCGUUUCGCGGGACGUCAUUCGUUAAAUUUGUUGAAAGAAGCGGGAUAUCUCAGUUUCAGAAGGACUCGCGAAGAUGACAACCCGAGAGGAACUCGACUUCUGCUACGACUUCGUCUUGGAUCUCACUAUAGAAUCUGGAAAAGUGAUUCGUGAUGCUUUUCAAGGAUCUAAAAAAAUUGAAACUAAAGCUGGUGAUUGGGAUUUAGUGACACAAUUCGACAGAAAAGUCGAAGCAAUUCUCAUCGACAAUCUGGCAAAAAGAUUUCCAACGCAUAAAUUCAUCGGCGAGGAAACAGUGUCGCAUUCGAAUUUCCUACCGGAACUUACAAACGCGCCUACAUGGAUCAUCGAUCCGAUCGAUGGAACAACAAACUUUGUACAUUCUUUCCCGCACACCUGCAUAUCGAUCGCAUUGGCUGUGAAUAAGGAACUCGAAAUUGGAAUAGUUUACAAUCCCGUUUUGGAGCAAUUGUUCACCGCCAGAAGAGGCCACGGGGCAUUUCUGAACGCAAAACCGAUCAAGAGUUCGAACGUGGAAGGACUCGAGCACUCCUUGCUAUGCUUGGAGGCCUCGUACGCGACCAUCGAGGAAAUUCGCGACAUUAUCCUAGGAAGACUGGAAGCCUUCGUCUCGAUAGCGCACGGAAUAAGAACUAUGGGUUCUGCGGCCUUAACACUCUGUCACGUGGCUAUGGGAGCAGUUGAGGGGUAUCACUCUGACAAUCUGAUGCCCUGGGACGUAGCCGCGGGUGUUCUUAUCAUCAGGGAGGCUGGUGGUGUAGUGAUCGAUACAAAUGGUGGAGAAUUCAACGUUAUGUCACCGAAACUCUUGGCUGUUGGUAAUUAUAGACUAGCGAGAGAACUCGUAAAGUUGAUCAAACACGCGGAUCUCAAAACCCGUCAAAGAAGUCUGCUGUUGCAAACACUUAAAUAAUAAUAAUAAUAAAGUUGUACAUUUAAAUAAUGAUUUUAUAUUCAAUAUUGUUUAAAAAUAGUUAUACUCUUGGAUAUGUAUUUGUUGUAUAAAAUGUAUUAUCGACAA